GUUAUCAAUACCAAUGCAUCUUUUCAGUACUUCCCUAUUGGUUAUUUUCGCCGUUAUCGUAGUCGAAACUUGCAUUCCAUCAAACGCCCCAGGAUUACCAGGACCGCCAGGUUUACCAGGACGAACAGGUUUGAAGGGAGAUCCAGGUGGGCGCGGUGAACCAGGAACUGAAGGACCACAAGGAGUUCAAGGCCCGCCUGGAGUGCCUGGGAGUAACGGUAUGCCAGGGGUGGAAGGAGAUGUAGGAAAACGAGGGGAGAAAGGAAGAGUUGGAAUGCAAGGUAUGAGAGGAGCAAAUGCAGGAGGGUAG